AUGAUGCCGCCUCUUCACUGGGUUCGUGCAGCAGCUUGGAAGCUCUACCACACCUGUGCCUCCAUUAAGCAAGUCGGCGAUCAAGCUCUCCGGAUGGGAAACUACGACCUGGCUUUAGCCAAGUAUCAGGACUCCCAGAAUGUAUUCAAGAGAGCCCAGGCCGACAACGAGAACAUUUCCGGGGUAGAAGACCCAGACCGUGCCACUGAGCUGUCGCAGCUUGAAAAGAGUAAAUUUCACCAUUAUCGCGGCAUCACUUAUGCCAUUAGAGAUAAUCACAAAGCGGCCUUGACUCAAUUUCGAAAAGCAGCUCAGUGUGAUCGAAUGAGGGACCAACGCAUUGAACUUGACCUUGCCAUCACAAAACGUCAUCAGGCGGCUGAAUCUCCCAAGGAAAAGACCGCUGCAGGUAAAGUGAAAGCCUCGCGGCUCAAAGACGAGCCCCUGGAGCACGAGAAUCCCAUCUUCACGACUUCGAAAUUCAUCGACGGUGAGCGCUAUCUGCUUCGCAAAUUAGGUUAUCACGGAGAUAUGCUGGAGCAUAUUCAUGGAACCAAGGGUGUGGAUAUGAAGGAGAUGGACAAAGUAGUGAAAAGUCUCGAAAUCAGCAGCCUACUAUGA